AUGUCUAAGAGAGACGAGCCUGAAUCCUCUCGCAAGAGCGUCGCCAGCGAUGAUCGUGUUUCUCGUGACAAUUCGUCUGAUGUUGCAGCUCAUACUGGUGUCGAGGCUGUCAAGGCUACGCACAAGGUGUAUGGCAAGUAUUCGAGAUGGUGCCUCUUCAUCGGUAUCGCCUCAGCCCUCAAGGACCAUAAUUUGAUCAGUACCAUCCAGACUGCUCAAUCUAUCAUCAUCGCGUGUGGUAAGCCUGUGAUCGCAAAAGUAGCAGACGUUUCAUCCCGAGGAUUUGCCUACGUCUUCUUUGUUUUGAAUACUGAGCUCGUAGGGUAUAUCGUCAUUGCUUCGGCCCAAAACAUCCAGACUGUUGCGGGAGGGAUCGUCCUAUACGCCGUUGGGUAUACAGGCCUACAACUCCUCACUUCCAUCAUUAUCGCGGAUAUCACUACGCUUCAAUGGCGUGGAUUCGCUGUCGGAAUGACCUCCUUACCGUUCAUCAUCAACGCCUUCAUUGGAAGUAAUGUGAGCACCCAGAUUCUCAAUGGUGCCGGUUGGCGCUGGGGAUAUGGGAUGUUUGCGAUUCUCAUUCCCGCGUCUCUGUCCCCACUCAUUGUCACGCUUGUUUGGGCUGAGCGGAAGGCCAAAAGGUUGGGAUUGUCCGAUGAAUCUCUCCUACAGCAAACUCUUGAAGUCAUGUCCCAACUUGAUGUUGUAGGACUGGUGCUCAUCGGGACCAGUGUUGCACUUAUCUUGCUUCCUUUGACUCUUGCUGAGAAUGCUUCUGGAGGAUGGAAUAAUCCUUCUAUGAUUGCAAUGCCCGUCAUCGGCUGCCUCCUCUUCCCUGCUGUAGGACCUUGGGAGUUCAAAUUUGCAAAAUACCCAGUAAUCCCAUGGCGGAUUUCGUUCUACCUCACUUACGUCUAUUUGUACUCCUUCGUCAUCGUCGUUAAGCCAUGGUCGCUUGUCAAUGCUACCUACUUCAUUCAAACGCAAUCCGUCGGCCUAACGUUCUUCGGUAUCCUGUGUGGUCUCGCCAUGAGGUUCCUACAUCGGUACAAGCUUCUCCUUGUCGUUGGUCUCGCUAUUCGACUGCUCGGAGUUGGUCUCAUGAUCCACUCCCGUGGCGCGAACGCCUCCGAUGUUGAGAUUGUUUGGACUCAAAUUAUCCAGAGCAUCGGUGGCAGCAUGGCCGCCAUUACCAUCCAGACAGCCGCUCAAGCCUCUGUCUCCCACAAGGAUGUCGCUACCGUCACUGCCAUGGUGCUGUUACUCACAGAAAUCGGGGGUGCUAUCGGAAACGCGGUUGCCGGUGCAAUCUGGACGAACCUGAUGCCCGGAAAACUGUUGAAAUACCUACCAAACAUUUCACAGGACGAGCGUGAUGCGCUGUAUUUCUCUAUCACGACUGUGGCUUCCUAUGCACGCGGUACGGAAAUUCGAGAAGGUGCCGUCUCAGCUUACGGAGACGUCAUGAAAAUUAUGCUCAUCGUGGCCACUGUCAUGAGCGUCAUUCCUCUCAUCAUUUCGCUCUUCAUGCCUGACUGGCACUUGGGUGAGAAGCAAAAUGCUGUAGACGAGGAAGAUUUGGCUGGUGAGGUUGACCAUAACGCGGCUCAGAGCCGAGCCUGA